AUGAGUUCUCAAAACUUCCCGGCUCGCAACGUCUGUUCGCCUUUUCAACAAUCCCCCUUCCAUCUGAAACGAGUCUUUAGUGCCAGUCAGUUCUCAACACGUCACCCUCAGAGCCGCAGCGCGACCUCGUAUCCCGCGACUGGAUCUACUCCCCCAGAUCCAAUAUCCCCAUCGCUAGCGACAAAGGCUGGUUCACCUCCCUAG